AAACGGAACUGCAUAAAUAUAAAACUUCGGGGGUGUUAAAAGAACUAAAAGUGGGGGAAAACGCUCGGGAAAAAGUAUUUUAAGUGUUUGUCCAAACCCUCAUUCGAAGUUGCGCUGUGCUGUGAGUUACAACCACGAAUCUCUCGGCCAGGAUGCUGGCAAUUUGGUUUUUAUUUGUUGCUGUUUCAUCCUCAAAUCAAUUUGUCGUUGAUACCGUGACGGCCAAUGAAGUCUGGCAAGCUCCUGGUUGCCAUAAAGUGGGUCAUACUAGAAAAGUCAGUAUUCCAAACUGCGUAGAAUUCGUGAUAACAACAAACGCUUGUCGCGGAUUUUGUGAAAGUUGGGCUAUACCGUCAUUAAUAAAAGGAUCCACUAUCCAACCGAUAACAUCCGUUGGCCAAUGCUGCAAUAUAAUGGAGACAGAAAAUGUGUUAGCAAAGGUUAUGUGCGUUGAAGGAAUGAAAGUAUUCACGUUCAAAUCGGCCGUCACAUGUUCUUGUUACCACUGUAAGAAAGAUUAGAGCGACUGCUGGAAAGGACCAAGGCGAGUUUAUUCAAAAUUUAUAUGUAACAUACUUAAAGUUCAUUGAUUAUAUUUAGGCGUAAGUAAAAAUUACAAUAUACUUUCUUAAUUACUGUAUAUAUUGUACUGACUGACUGACUGAUUGUAGAAAUUAUGUUCAUUAAAUUUUGUUUCCUA